AUGAGAAUACAGGGUUCCAGUAACUUGUCAAAUCCUUUACUGGCAGCAUCUCUCGGCAACCUCUCCAACUCCCAGCAGCUACAACGUAGGAACCGGGCGUCUGAAUAUUUCAUAUCGCAGCAUGGCCGCAGUAGCUAUAGCAAUAGCACAGCUAGCGCGCCACACAAUAUCUUUGAGCCAGCUUCUUCUCCUCGAAACGCAACAGGAGGAUUCAGCAGCAAUAACCUUAUCCAAAACGCCUCUCCAACAGAGCUUUAUUCAGUAUCCUUUAGUGGAGGAAUACAACACACGCCAGCCUGGUUAACACAGCAGAUUGAGCAACGUCGUCACCAGCAGCAAGAGCAACAGCAGCAACAGCAUGCUUUUCAUGAUCAAAACUCGCAAAUUAUUGGCAACGCUGGUGAUCCAACUUUAAACACGUACAGCUAUUCCCAAUCGACCUCCUCGGCGCCGCCGCAGCCGUUACCCAGCGAGGUCCAGGUGCCUCACACCACUCAAUUACUCCGUCAGCAGCAAUCAGAAGCCUUUGGUUUUACUAGAAAUGGAAUACAUAGUAAUCAAUACUACAAUAAUCAACAACAAAACCAACAACAACAGGAAAUAACAUCACUAAAUCAAUUUGAUAACAAUAUCGCCCUCAAUACCACGGCACUUACAUCUCCGGCACAGAACACAGCAUAUGAUAGACAAUCUUUUGAUAGUCAACAAGUUCCAUUUGGUGAAGCCUCACCAUCAACAGUGUAUAGACAAAAACCCGCUUCUAUGGGGCAUAAUUCAUACUCAUCUCACGCAUUCUACUAUUCAAAAAAGUACCCGUAUCGAGGUAGUGCAAGCACAAGUGCCCACUCUACAGCACCUGAUAUGACAUCGUAUUUUCAAAACUAUCAUCAUCGCCGAACAUCAUCUGGAGUUUCAUUAGACUGUCGCUCGCAGGAUAACGUGGAAACCGAAGAACAUGGCAGUGACCGUGCACUUGUCAAUGUCGCAUCACCUGCACAACAACGACAGCAGCAACCUCAUGAAAGUGAAACAGCUACCCAAGAUACCACUGCCGGUAUUUACGAACCUGAUGUAUUCGCCAUGGAGGAAGUUUUUGACCACAAUCGUGCGACGGGUAGUUUUACGGCUGCUACAGCGACCUUGGCUGCAACGGCGACCAGUUCGUCGAAUGAUAUCCGUCAACCUUGGGCUUACUACAGUGUAAAUCCCCAUAGCACCACAUUGCACGCUAUCCGCAAUAGUUCUUCUAUAAGCUGCCCUGCUGCACCUAUUGCCAGUUCGACAAGCAAUGAUUCCAUCAGUAUCAGCAAAAGCAAUACUAACGUCGGUGUAGCACCGAAACAACAGCAAGAAAGUGUCGACCCAUCUACACCUCUGCCACUACAAAGUACACUGCACUAUGUGCGAAAAGACUUUUUCAAGAGAGCGUGA